AUGACUCUCCCUGACGGUGCCCGCUCGUUAUUUGAAUUGGGAGCCGGCUUCUCACCUUCCGAACCCAUUUCCAAGGUAACCUUGCGUAUGGUUGUAUGUAGUUUACAUGAACUUCAAGAUAGACUCCACACAAAAGCUAGAGAUGAAGCGCGAAAUAGGUGCGAACAACACCAAGUGGGGACAAUACCAGUACCACCAUUACCUCAACCGUUCUUUGGACAACAAGAACACAAUAAUGAAGUUGAUGUUAAUUUUCGGAUGUUUGCGAAUGAAACCCUCAAAGUCCUUAAUCACUAUCACGCGAAAAGAUACAGCUCAAACCACACUCUAGUGCAAAAACGUGGUAUGCGAGCGGUACGAGAGUUGAUGAGGUUGAAAACCAUAAGACUAUGCGUUAGUGGUAAGGGUGGAGAGUUUGUCGUAAUUCCUCAUCAGUUGGAUGUAGAGAUAACGAAAAAGCAUCUUGAAGAUGCUUCACUUUAUCGCCCAUCAUCUGAGAAGGAAUUUAAAAGUAAAUACCGAAAAUUGAACAACGAAUAG